AGUGUCCUCUCCCCCCUACUAGGGAACUGCGUGAUUCUCAAACCUUCAGAGGUGAGCAGCCACACUGAGAGGCUCCUUGCAGAAGCACUGCCUUGUUAUCUCGAUUCGGAAACCUUUGCUGUGGUGCCAGCUGGUCCUGAAGAAACGGGAAAAUUACUGGAAAAUAAGUUUGAUUAUAUCUUCUUUACAGGGAGUAGCCAUGUAGGAAAGAUCAUCAUGAUUGCUGCAGCGAAACAUCUGACACCAUUGACUAUGGAGCUGGGGGGUAAAACUCCCUGUUAUGUGGAUCACUACUGCAAUUUCCAGAAUGCAGCCAACCGAAUUGUAUGGGGAAAAUUCUUUAAUGCUGGACAGACAUGCAUUGCACCAGAUUAUGUGAUCUGCACAGUUGAAACACAGGAGAGGUUGAUGCCUUGCCUGCGCCAAGCUAUCCGCGAAUUCUAUGGCACUGAUCCCAAGAAGUCACCCGAUUUUGGCCGCAUGGUCAAUGACAAGCAUUUCCAGCGCAUCCGAGCUUUGCUGAAAUGUGGCCGGGUGGCCAUCGGUGGAGAGACUGAUGAGCGUGACCGUUAUAUUGCUCCCACAGUGAUGGUGGAUGUGAAGGAAUGGGAGCCAAUCAUGCAAGAGGAGGUUUUUGGGCCCAUCCUGCCCAUUUUCACUGUGAAAGAUUUGGAGGAGGCCAUCCAAUUCAUCAAUUGGAGAGAACGCCCACUAGCUGCCUAUGCCUUCUCCUGUGACAACAAGGUUGUGAACCGUGUACUGGAUAGUGUUAGCAGUGGUGGCUUUUGCGGCAAUGAUACUGGGGUACACGCAACAUUGCUUUCCCUACCAUUUGGUGGCAUUGGACUCAGUGGAUUUGGCAAGUACCAUGGCAAGUUUACUUUCGACACAUUUACUCACUUUCGCGGCUGUCUUUUGCGCUACAUGGGCCUGGAGGCCAUCAACAAAGUGCGCUACCCACCAUACGAUGAUAAAAAAUUGGGAGUAGCGGUCUCUGUUUUGGAAAUCAAGCGCAGGGGCAUGUGCACUUUGCUGUGAGGCCUUGAAUCACAUCACCUGUGUCCUUGAGGAACCUCUACCAGGAAU